AGGCAAUGAAAAUGAAAAGCAUUUGUUUUGUUGCUGGUCUCCUUUUAAUAAUAGUUCAAGGCAGCUGGCAAAAUCCUCUUCAGGAUACAGAGGAGAAAUCAAGAUCAUUCAAAGCUUCCCAUUCUGAGCCACUAGAGGAGUCCAGACAGCUGAAUGAAGUGAAACGUCACUCACAAGGCACAUUCACCAGUGAUUACACCAAGUACCUGGACACCAGACGAGCUCAGGACUUUGUGCAGUGGUUAAUGAGCACUAAAAGAAAUGGCCAACAAGCACAGGAGGACAAAGAAAAUAACAAAGUCCCUGACCAGCUCUCAAGCAACGCCAUCUCCAAGCGCCACGCCGAGUUGGAGCGCCACGCCGAGGGCACCUACACCAGUGACAUCACCUCCUACCUGGAGGGCCAGGCUGCCAAGGAGUUCAUCGCUUGGCUAGUCAACGGGCGAGGAAGAAGAGAUUUCCCAGAAAAUGCUCUUGUGGCUGAAGAAAUGGGUCGAAGACACGCAGAUGGCACUUUCACAAGUGAUAUCAACAAAGUCCUUGAUGACAUGGCUGCCAAAGAGUUCCUAAAAUGGCUAAUUAACACAAAAGUUACCCAAAGAGACCUUUUGGAAGAAUACCAGUAAAAAUGAAGAAUAAAAUGGGAUAAAUGAAGAUCUUCAUUUCAUCAACUGCCAGUUAUUAAGAGAUUCUGAAAUCUGUAUUCUGUCAUUUACAUUUGUUGUAACAAAGCUAUGUCACCUUGCAUGCCAGGAAAUAAUUGUACUAUAGUUUAGUGUUGCCAAAGGUUUAUAUAUGGAAAACCUGUUGUCUAAGGGAUGGUUUUCUUAGCUUUAAGACUGUGGAAGUUCUAUAACUUCAUGUUUUGCAUUUAUUAGGACUAAAGUAACUCCAUUUAUAUUUAAGGAUAAAAUUAUUUUUCUAAAAAAUUUACUUCUAUA